GCUUUCCCGACACCCAUGGUUCUGUGUGUGUGUGUGUGUGUGUGUGUGUCAGAGUCCUGCUCCUGGCAGGGUGUUGUGUACAGAGACGGUGAGCAGUGGAAGCCCAGUCUGUGUUCCAGGUGUGUGUGCAGCAGUGGACACGUCCAGUGUUCAGUGGCAGAGUGUCAACAAGUGUCCUGCAAAGCGCAUGAGAACCUGGUGAUUCAGCCUGGUCAGUGUUGUCCUCAGUGUGUGUCCAACCCCUGUCUGUCUGCUGGACAACAGCACCAGGAUGGUGAGCAGUGGCAGAAAAACGCCUGCACCACAUGUGUGUGUCAUCACGGACAGUCCAAAUGUCACACACACACCUGUCAGCCAGUCAAGUGUGAAAAGGGUCAGACCAAAGUGAAGCGCGCCGGCCAGUGCUGCGACGAAUGUGCUGCUGCCAAGGGAAGCUGCCUGUACGAGGGCACGGUGCGUUACCAUGGAGACAUGUGGAACGGCACCGGCUGCGAGUUCUGCAGCUGCGUCCGCGGUCAGGUUCUCUGUCAGAGGGCGGAGUGUGGCCGUGUGGAGUGUCCACAGGGCUCAGCGUUUGUUCACCUGCCGGGGAAAUGUUGCCCGGAAUGUUCCUCUGUCAGAGCUGCCUGUCUGCACCAGGGACACGCCUUCAAGGAUAUGGAUCAGUGGACUGAUGGCAGCUGUCGGGAGUGCGAGUGCCACGAUGCUCAGGUGACUUGUUAUCUGCGCUCCUGUCCCUCCUGUCCUCCAGCGACGUUGUCUGUCACCCGGGACGACCAGUGCUGCCCCGAGUGUCACCCAGUCCAGUGUCACAUGGACUGUCUGUCGUGUUCUGGAACUGCUGACCACUGUGAGACCUGCAGAGACCUGAAGGCUGUCCUGCACCUGGGCCGCUGUCUGUCCAUCUGUCCCCCUGGUCACUACGCUGAAGGACGAGUGUGUUCAGCCUGCCAGUCGUCCUGUGCCACCUGUUCCAGCAGGUGGGACUGUCUCUCGUGUGGCUCACAGCGCCCCCUGCUGAGUGCCGAGCACGACCAGUGCCUCACUUCCUGCCCCCGGGGCUCAUACCAGCACGACCAGACACACUGUCGCCACUGUGAUGAGUCAUGCUCGGAUUGCCGCGGGCCGAGUCGACAGCAGUGUGUGUCGUGUUCAGACCCGGCUGCUCUGCUCAAACAUGGUGAAUGUGUCCCUGAAUGCGGCGUUGGCUUCUACAGUCAGGACGGCGUCUGCUCUGCCUGCGACUCGUCCUGCGCCUCCUGUUUCCCUGACAACCCACGGUGCAUGAGCUGCGCUCCGGGGACCGCACUGCAUCAUGGGAAAUGUAUCAGCCAGUGUCCCGCUCGGCGUUACCUGGACGAGCACAGCAGGUGCAGAGCGUGUCACAGCUCCUGCUCCAUGUGCGGUGGUCCGUCCGUGUCCCAGUGUACCUCGUGUCCACCUGGACUCCUCCUGCACCACGGUCAGUGUGUGGACGCCUGUGGAGAGGGUCUCUACUCCCAGGACGACACCUGCCACAACUGUCACCCUUCCUGCCGCUCCUGUGUGGGACCUCUGGCCUCUGACUGUGUGCGCUGCCUCAAAGCAGAGGAGGUGGUGCUGCCAAAGCGGUCUGAUGGCGGCGGCGUCUGCUGGCCUCAGUGUCCUGCUCACACUUACCUGGACGACACGCUGACGUGCAGAGAGUGUCAUCCCUCGUGCUCGCUCUGUACCGGACCAUCUGCAGAAAACUGCACCUCCUGCUCCUUGUCCUCGUCCACUCUGCAGGACAGUACAUGUGUGUCCUCCUGCCCACAGACCUUCUUCAUCCAGGACAGUCAGUGCCAAGCAUGUCAUCCGUCCUGCCUGUCCUGCGCCGGCCCCUCCCAGGCCGACUGCACCUCCUGCCCCCUGCUGGCCUCCCUGCAGAACGGCUACUGCAGGACCAGCUGCCAAGAAGGCCAUUUCCUCAGCGCUGACGCCGGAGAGUGCCUCAAGUGCAGCUCAGACUGUCAGCGUUGCACCGCAGACCUCCACACCGGUGUCGGCAGCGUCUGUCUGUGGUGUGCGGCGGCGAGGACGUGGUUGCUCGGCGACCACUGCGUGGCUCAGUGUCCACGUGGACACUUCUCCUGGCACGGAGCCUGCAUCAGAUGCCAUAUGUCAUGUGAUUCCUGCAGUGGGGCGGGGCCUCUCGCCUGCACUUCCUGCCACACCCACAGUGUUCUGCUACCAUCAGGCCUGUGUGCUCCCAAAUGUCUGACUGGUUACUAUGACGAUGGUCACAGGGUCUGUCAGGCAUGUGACCCUCAGUGUCUGACGUGUGACACAGCUGGAGUUUGUACGUCGUGUCGAGACCCGACCAAAGUUCUGCUGUUUGGAGAGUGUCAGUACGACAGCUGUGCUCAUCAGUAUUACCUCAACACCACCACCAGAACCUGCAGAGAGUGUGACUGGAGCUGUAACGCCUGCAGAGGUCCUCUGCGGACAGACUGUCUUCAGUGCAUGGAGGGACACGUGCUGCAGGACGGUGUGUGUUCACAGAGCUGCUCGUCCGGGUCAUAUCAGGACGGAGACCAGUGCCUCGGCUGUGACGAUGACUGUGUGGCGUGCAGAGGUCCAGGACAGUGUGAGCAGUGUCAGUCUCUGUACAGCCUCCUGCAGGGUCACUGUGUGCUGGACUGUGGCAGAAACUUCUUCCUGGACAUUUCCUCUCACGCCUGCAAGCCCUGCUCCUCUGACUGCGCGCUGUGUGACGGCAUCGGACGCUGCAGAGCUUGUCGUGACCAAACGUACCUCAUCGAAGGAUACUGCACCCCCGACUGUGGACACGGUUACUAUGCCAACCAGAGGACCAGGACCUGCCUCGAAAACACCCGCCCCCCUGCCCUUCAUGUCAACGGUUCCCUGCUGGUUCCACUGGGCGGUUCUGCUGCUCUGUCCCCAUCUCUGCUGCAGGUGAAGGAUCCCGACAGUCCCACCGAGCAGCUCGUCUUCCACGUCGUCCAGAGUCCAAACAACGGACAGUUGGUUCUGUCCAGGAAGGAGGAGGGAGAAGAGCGUGGGGGCCAGGAACUGAGCGGAGGCAGCAGCUUCACCUGGACACAGCUGAACACUGGACGUGUCCACUUCAGACAUCAGAGAGACAAAGCCAGGUCUGGAGAGUUCAGCGUGCGCGGCGCUGACCCUCAGCUCUUCUCGCAGACAGAAAGCGUGCAGGUUCAGGUCGUGUCGCUGCAGCCUCCGACGGUCUCGACUCUCGCUCCGUUAACUGUGGACGGCCGCGGCGCCGCGGCGACCAUCACCAAGUCGGUGCUCCGCGUGGACGAUGCCGACAACCCGGCCGACGUCCUGAUCAUGGUCCUCGAGCCUCCGCGCCACGGCCGCCUGUCCCGUCUCCAAGGCGACCGAGCACUCGGCCGGUUCAAGCUGGAGGAGCUGUCGCGGGAGCAGAUCCGGUACGUUCACGACGGCUCGCAGGAGACGCACGACCGGACGACGCUGCAGGUCAACGACGGUCACAGCUACAGGAACGUCCUCCUCCACAUCCACGUCACUCACAAGGCUGCUGAGUCUCCUGUGGGCCGCUCUGUGCCCGUUACCUGGGUCAAAGAAGGUGGAACGGUGAAGCUGGAUAAAAAACACCUGCAGGCUGAUUUCAGAGGCGUGGCCACUGACGACAUCGUCUACACCAUCCUGACGUCAGACGCAGAACCUAAGUUUGGUGACGUGGUGCUGCUGUCCAUGCCGGCCGACGGUCCUCCUGAAGGCUGGCGUCCCGCGCUCAUGGACGACAGAGGCUUCACCAGCACCUCGUCUUUCACUCAGCGGGACGUCGACGACGGCUCAGUCUGGUAUCGACACUUCGGCCGCGGAACCGACAGCGACUCCUUCCAGUUCCAGGUUUCCACAGAUGCAGCUCCAGUCGUACGAGGAGACGUCCAGACCUUCACCAUCGGAGUCCUGCCUCAGAUCCCAGGGUUCCCUCAGCUGGACCCAGACUCUGACCUCCAGAUCACAGCUCUGGAGGAUCGUGUGACAGAAAUAACACCGUCAGCUCUGUCCUUCAUCGACUCUGACACUCCCAGUGAGAAGCUCAUCUACAACAUCACCAAACCACUGCCACCAGGACAAGGGGCGAUUGAACACCGCGACAGAGCGUACGCUCCGGCCGUCCACUUCACUCAGGACGACGUCGACAGCGGGAAGAUCAUCUACCGGCCGCCGGCGGCGCCGUCACACCUGCAGGAACUCUACCAGUACUCCUUCAUCGGUUUGCCUGAGUCGCUCAGUGUUUACUUCACAGUGUCAGACGGUGAACACACCACUCCAGAGCUGGACUUUGCCGUCCUGCUGCUGUCGAACCACCAGCAGCCACCAGUGUUUCAGGUCCUGGACCCUCUGCUGGAGGUCAGCCUGGGAGGACAGGCCGCCAUCGGCGGUCAGCAGCUGGCAGUCAGUGACGCUGACACGGCUCCAGAUGAGCUGGAGUUUGAGCUGGUGGAAGCUCCUGUCCACGGAGAACUGAUCAAGACUCACGGCAGCACACACACACACACCAGCAUGAACAACGGUGACGUUUUCACCUUCAGUGACAUCACUCGGAACGUUCUGCUGUACCAACACGCCGGCCUCUCCGCCCAAGACGACUCCCUCACCUUCUCAGUCAGUGACGGCAUCUCCAUGGCGACCACGGUGGUGCAGGUGGCGGUGCUGGGCGCCGGGGGCGACGGGCCGCGGCGUGACCCCGCGGCCUCGCUGUCACUGGAAGUGGGCGAGAAAAGCAGCACGGUGAUCAGACAGUCACACCUGGCGUACACGGACGACACGUCCGCCGACGACCAGGUCCGGAUCCAGCUGGUGUCGGUGCCCAUGUACGGCAUCCUGACCAGGAGUCAGUCUCAGCAGGAGCACCAGGAGCUGAGGGAGUACUCCUCCUUCACCAUGGAGGACGUGAACAAGCACAGGAUCAGGUACGUCACCUCGCUGGAGACGGGCAGUCAGCCAAUCACGGACAUCUUCCACUUUGUCGUCUACGACGGAGACAACAAUCGCCUUGACAACCAGAUGUGCACCAUCACCAUCACGUCCACGCCCAGACUGCCCCCGGUGGUCACAGUGCGCAGUGGCAUCAAGGUCCAGGAAGGCGGUCGCGUGCAGCUGUCGACCAAUCACAUCAUCGUGUCAGACCUGGACACGCCCAGGAAGGACCUGCUGGUCUGGCUGGUCACGCCUCCCAAAUAUGGCUUCAUCGAAAACACCAGGAGGGGUGAGGGAGAGGGAGGCUCCAUUGGCGGCUCGCGGGUCAUCACACCCGACGUCCCUUUCACGGUGGACGACCUGACGUCCGACCACAUCUUCUACGUCCAGGACAGCGAACGCGAAACCACGGCCGAGCGCGAUGUUUUCAGCUUCUACGUCAGUGACGGACACAGUCAGACUGAAGCGUUUAACGUGGAGAUAGACAUUCAGAGUAAAGAGGACAGACAGCCCGUGGUGUCAGUCAGCAGCAUCCAUGUGGAGGAAAACUCUGGCGUCGUCAUCACCAACUCAUCGCUCAGUGUUUCCGACCAGGACACGCCAGAGAACCAGAUCCUGUUCACCAUCGUCAGGGUCCCUUCAUACGGAAAAGUGCGCAGACGACAGUUCUACUCUCAGCCUCUGGAGAACGGCCGCGUCCUGACUCAGGGCUCCACCUUCACCUACCAGGACGUCCUGGACAAGCUGCUGGUCUACACGCCGGAGCUGGUCAGCGGCGGCACCGACGAGAUGGGCUUCACCCUCACCGACGGCAUCCACACACACACCGGACGCCUGGAGUUCACCAUGGACGUCAGGAGGAGCGAGGGUCCCAGAAUGACGGUCAACAGAGGACUGCAGCUCCCGGCAGGAUCUCGGUCUAAGAUCACGGAGCAGAACCUGAAGGGAACAGACCUGGACUCGGACUCUCUGAAGCUCCGCUAUGUUCUCACCAAAGAUCCACCUGCAGGGAGAGUGCAGCUCAGCAGGAGCACACGCCUGGACCAGGUUUCUGUUCAAGGUCCAGUUCACAGCUUCACACAGGACGACGUCAACAAAGGUCUGCUGCAGUACAGUCAUGAUAAAGGGGAAAAAGGAGGAAGUCUGUUUUUCAAGUUCAACCUCGUGGAUCCAGAGGGAAACAAACUGAUCGACCAGUCUUUCUUCAUCAGUGUGCUGGAGGAUCGUCUUCCUCCGUCUGUGGUGGUGAACAAAGGUCUGGUGCUCGAUGAGAACACGGUGAAGAAGCUGACCACGCUGCAGCUGUCGGCCAGCGACCAGGACAGCGAGCCCGCGGAGCUCAUUUACCGCAUCACCAAGCAGACGAGCCUCGGUCACCUGGAGCACGUGGCCAACCCAGGCACCAGGAUCAGCACGUUCACUCAGGCCGACCUGGCCUCGCGCAGCGUCCACUACAUUCACACCAGUGAAGAAGAGAAACACGCCGACCAGUUUUCCUUCACCGUGUCCGAUGGAACAAACGAGGUGGCUCAGACCUUCUACAUCACCAUCAAACCCGUGGACGACUCGCUGCCUCUGCUGCAGGUCCCUGGUAUGAGAGUCCAGGAGGGCGUGAGGAAGACCAUCACUGAGUUUGAGCUGAAGGCCACUGACGCAGACACAGAGGCCGACUCCCUGGUGUUCACCGUGGUCCAGGCUCCUCGUCACGGAACCUUGGAGCGCACCAACAACGGCCAACACUACAGACAGACCAGCAGCUUCACCAUGGACGACGUCUACCAGAACCGCAUCAGCUACAACCACGACGGGUCCAACUCCCUGAAGGACCGCUUCACCUUCACUGUGUCCGACACAACCAACCUGCUGUUCAUGGUGGAGGAGGGAGGCAAAGAGAUCGUGACGGCCGCUCCUCAGAAGUUUAAGAUGGACAUUCUGCCGGUGGACGACGGGACGCCGAGGAUCGUCACUAACCUGGGUCUGCAGUGGCUCGAGUACAUGGACGACAAGGCCACAAACCUGAUCAGUAAGAAGGAGCUGCUGACCGUGGAUCCGGACACGGACGAUGGUCAGCUGGUCUAUGACAUCACCACUGAGCCCACGCACGGUUUCCUGGAGAGUAAAAUGAAACCUGGCAAUGCCGUCACCACCUUCACACAAGCUGACAUCAACCUGGGUCUGAUCCGCUACGUGCUUCAUGAGGAGAACGUCCAGGAGACGAUGGACACCUUCAAGUUCCUGGUGAAGGACAGUAAACCCAACGUGGUCAGAGACAACGUCUUCCACAUUCAGUGGUCACUCAUCAGCUUUGAGCACAAAAGCUACAACGUGAGCGAGAAGGCCGGCACGGUGGCGGUGACGGUGAAGCGAACGGGAAACCUCAACCAAUACGCCGUCGUGCUGUGCCGCACCGAGCAGGGCAGUGCCACCUCCAGCAGCAGCGUGGGGUCGCACCCCGGUCAGCAAGACUACGUGGAGUACGCUGGACAGGUCCAGUUUGACGAGCGCGAGGACACCAAGGUCUGCACCAUCAUUGUUAACGAUGACAAAGUGUUUGAGGGAAGCGAGAGCUUCCGCGUGGAGCUGAGCAUGCCUGUGUACGCGCUGCUGGGCGGGAACACCCGCGCCUCCGUCUACAUCAACGACACCGAGGAUGAGCCCACACUGCAGUUUGAUCAGAAGAUCUACCACGUGAACGAGAGCUCCGGGUUCAUCCAUGCCCCCGUCCAGAGGAAAGGUGACGUCUCCAGCACGGUGUCCGCUCUCUGCUACACCAUCGCUAAGUCGGCGCAGGGCAGCAGCCUCCGCGCGCUGGAGUCCGGCUCCGACUACAAGAGCCGCGGCAUGUCUGGCGACAGCCGCGUGGUCUUUGGCCCCGGCGUCAGCAUGUCCACCUGCGACGUGAAGCUUGUCGACGACAGCGAGUACGAACUGUCUGAGGAGUUCCAGCUGGUGCUGUCAGACGCCUCCGAUAACGCUCGCGUGGGUGACAUCGCAACGGCCAAGGUCGUCAUCGACGGACCCAACGACGCGUCGACGGUUUCUCUCGGGAACGCCACCUUCACGUUCAGUGAAGAUGCAGGUACGAUUGAAAUCCCCGUGCUGCGUCACGGCAGCGAUCUGUCCUCCCUGACGUCCGUGUGGUGCGCCACGCGACCCUCAGACCCGCCCUCGGCCAGUCCGGGCGUUGACUACAUCCCCAGCUCCAAGAAGGUGGAGUUUAAACCCGGGAGAACAGAGGAGACCUGCAGUUUGACCAUCAUGGACGAUGUCCAGAACCCGUCCAUCGAAGGACCCGAGUCCUUCGUGGUCUUCAUCAGUUCACCUCAGGGGGCCGUCCUACAGGAACCGUACGAGGCUAACGUCGUCAUCACUGACACCUUCCAGGACAUUCCCAGCAUGCAGUUUGAGAAGAGCUCGUACACUGUGAAGGAGAAAGACGGCGUCCUCCAGGUCCCUGUGGUCAGGAGCGGGGACCUGUCCUUCACGUCGUCCGUGCGCUGUUUCACUCGGACGAUGUCGGCCAUGGUGAUGGACGACUUUGAGGAGCGACGCAACGCUGAUGAUUCACGCGUCACGUUCCUCAGAGGAGAGAAGGUGAAAAACUGCACCGUCCAUGUCAACGACGACUCCGUGUUCGAGCCUGAAGAGGAGUUCCAGGUGCAUCUUGGGACGCCGUUAGGGGAUCACUGGAGCGGCGCCAUGGUGGGCGUGGCCGACAUCGUCACCGUCACCAUCACCAACGAUGAAGACGCUCCCACCAUCGAGUUCCAGCAGGCGUCGUUCCAGGUGAGAGAACCUCCAGGUCCUGACGGCGUCCAGGCCUUAAACAUCAAGGUGAUCCGGCGAGGAGAUCUGGACCGGACUUCCAAGAUCCGCUGCAGCACCCGGGACGGAUCGGCUCAGUCUGGCGUCGACUACAACCCCAACAGCCGAGUGCUGAAAUUCACACCUGGAAUGGACCACAUCCUCUUUAAAGUGGAGAUUCUGUCCAAUGAGGACCGCGAGUGGCAUGAGUCGUUCUCAUUGGUCCUCGGCCCUGACGACCCUGUGGAGGCGGUGCUGGGGGAGAUCACCAUAGCAACAGUGACCAUUCUGGACCAGGAAGCUGCAGGCAGCCUCAUCCUCCCGGCCCCGCCCAUCGUGGUCUCACUCGCCGACUACGAUCACGUCCAGGAAGUGACAAAGGAGGGCAGUAAGAAGACGCCCUCUCCUGGUUACCCGCUGGUCUGCGUCACGCCCUGCGACCCUCGCUACCCAAAACACUCUGUGAUGAAGGAGCGCUGCGACGACGCCGGAAUCAACCAGACGCAGGUUCACUUCUCGUGGGAAGUGGCGGCACCGACCGACACCAACGGCGCCCGCUCGCCGUUUGAGACGGUGACGGACACGACGCCGUUCACCGGCGUCAACCACAUGGUCCUCGACAGCAUCUACUUCAGCCGCCGUUUCCACGUCCGCUGCGUGGCUCAGGCCCGGGACAAAUCGGGUCACCUUGGAACGCCACUGAGGAGCAACAUCGCCACCAUCGGCACCGAGGGCGCCAUCUGCCACACGCCUGUUACCACGGGAACCGCCAGAGGCUUCCAGGCUCAGUCCUUCAUCGCCACGCUGAAAUACCUGGACGUCAAACACAAGGAGCAUCCGAACCGGAUCCACAUCUCAGUGCAGAUUCCUCAUCAGGAUGGAAUGCUCCCCCUAGUGUCCACCAUGCCUCUGCACAACCUGCACUUCCUGCUGUCAGAGUCCAUCUACAGACAACAGCACGUCUGCUCCAACCUGGUCACACUCAAAGACCUGCAGGGGCUCUCUGAGUCUGGUUUCCUGGACGAUGUUUCCUACGACAGCAUCUCCCUAGGACCUGGUUUUGAUCGUCCGUACCAGUUCAGCCCAAACCUCCGUGAGAAGAAGAGCAUCCAACUGUACAAACACCUCAACCUCAAGAGCUGCAUCUGGACCUUUGACGCCUACUACGACAUGACGGAGCUCAUCGACGUGUGCGGUGGCUCCGUCACAGCUGACUUCCAGGUUCGAGACUCGGCUCAGUCCUUCCUGACGGUGCAGGUUCCUCUCUACGUGUCCUACAUCUACGUGACAGCGCCGCGGGGCUGGGCAUCUCUGGAGCAUCACACUGAGAUGGAGUUCUCGUUCUUCUACGACACCGUGCUGUGGAGGACAGGGAUCCAGACGGACAGCGUCCUCUCAGCCCGGCUGCAGAUCAUCCGGAUCUACAUCAGAGAAGACGGACGACUGGUGAUCGAGUUCAAGACUCACGCCAAAUUCCGAGGUCAGUUUGUCCCUGAACACCACACCCUGCCGGGACAUAAGUCUCGUCUGAUGGCGCCGGACCACCUCGGAGGAAUCGAGUUUGACAUGCAGCUGCUGUGGAGCGCUCAGACCUUUGACUCACCGUACCAGCUGUGGAGAGCCACCAGUUCUUACAGCAGGAAGGAUUAUUCUGGAGAGUACACCGUCUUCCUGAUCCCCUGCACCGUGCAGCCCACGCAGCCGUGGAUCGACCCCGGAGACAAACAGCUGUCCUGCACCGCCCACGCCCCAGAGAAGUUUCUGGUGCCGAUCGCCUUCCAGCAGACGAACCGCCCGGUCCCCGUGGUUUACUCUCUGAACACGGAGUUUCAGCUGUGCAACAACGAGAAGGUUUUCCUGAUGGACCCGUCCAACGUGGACGUGUCCAUGGCAGAGAUGGACUACAAGGGAGCGUUUUCAAUGGGUCAGACCCUGUAUGGCAGGGUGCUGUGGAAUCCAGAGCAGAACCUGAACGCAGCGUACAAACUUCAGCUGGAGAAGGUUUACCUUUGCACGGGCAGGGACGGAUACGUCCCUUUCUUUGACCCGACGGGGACGCUGUACAACGAGGGGCCACAGUACGGCUGCAUUCAGCCCAACAAACACCUGAAACAUCGCUUCCUGCUGCUGGAUCGUAAACAGCCGGAGGUUUGCGACAACUAUUUCCACGACGUUCCCUUCGAGGCUCACUUCGCCUCAGAGAAGGCGGAGCUGCAGCCGAUGGCGGCCAUGCCGGGCGUCGACGGCUUCACCAUGAAAGUGGACGCUCUUUACAAAGUGGAGGCGGGACAUCAGUGGUACCUGCAGGUGAUUUACGUGAUCAGUCCAGAAUCGCGUUCCAGUCCCAGGAUCCAGCGCUCGGUGACGUACGAGCUGCGUCGUCCUAAACGAGACCUGGUGGACAACAGUGGACGUUUGACGCUGGACGAGUCGCUGAUCUACGACAACGAGGGCGACCAGGUGAAGAACGGCACCAACAUGAAGUCGCUGCGUCUGGAGGCGGAGCCCGCCGCCACCUUCAACGCGCACGUGGGCAGCUCGGUGGGCGGGGGCGUGGCCGCCAUCACCAUGCUGGUCCUGGUGCUGCUCGCGUCCUGCUUCCUGUUCCGCCGCUGCCGACGCUCGGCCGACGCCAAGAAGAAGGCGGCGACGUACGAGGAAUAUCCGCUCAACACCAAGAUGGAGGUUUGUUUGGACAAAUGUGUGGAGAAGAACUUCAGCAGCAAACACUGCACGGUGAGGAACGUCAACGUCUUCAACCGUAACCACGACGACGCUGCGGCCAAAGUCAAACAGGUCAACCUGGAGGUCAGACUCCACAACAACCUCAACGACGGCACCGAGGUCUGAAGACGAGGACGAGAUUUUUUAAAAAAGGAUUUUCUAAAACUCAAAAAGUUUCUAACAAGACGUUUGUUGACGUAUUUUUUUACCAUUUAAAAAAAACAGAAGAGUGACGAGCAGACGUCGCACGGCAUUUUCAUCCUUUCACAACUGAGCUACCUCAGGAAUCACCAUAUUAAACAACCUCACCCACAGAUUAAACACAGAUUAAACACAAAAACCUUCAUCACAUCACAGAAGUGACAGAACGUCGCUGAAACAGCAACUCCACAAAUGAUCUUCAUCAAACUGCCAAAACAUGCACACGCUGGAACCUUUGCUGAAACAUGGUCUUCUGCCUCAUGACAUCAUCAUCACCAUCAUCACAACAUCGUCAUCUUCAUAUUUUUGACUCCUCGAAUCUCUGCCUCGUUUUUCAGACACAAAAUGGCCGACGCUCACUUCACUUCUGUAGCUCAGUCUGCGAUCGUUUCUACGAAAAAAAGACUGCGUUAAAAUCCCGUCUCUGCUGCUGCCGUCGAAGUCCUCUCUUUUUUUUUCUUGAUUCUUUUAUUAUCAUCAUUAUUUUUAUUAUUAUCUCAUAUUUUCUUUUAUCGUCACUUUUCCGAUGAAUUUAGCAUAAAAAAAGACGUAUUUAGCUUUUGUGGUGGUGAAGAAUGCGGCAUCACUGCUUCUUCACCCAACCAAACGAAACUUUUCCAAGUGCAAUUAAACGUCUCGUCUUCGCGCUCCGUCUUUGUCUGCGUUAAAAAUGAAUGCGUGAUUUUCACGCCUUACCGACGUUUGCCGUUUUCAACGUUUCUUUCGCACUGAGCUGCGACAGCUGCAGAUUUAACGUUGCAUUUUCUACACGUUUUUCAAAACAAAUCAAAGUUAGUUUUUUUUCAGUUUGGACGUCGAUAUUUUUCGUCCCUGCAACUGCGAACUUUUGCCUUAAUGUUCACACACACAGGUUUUUUUAUCAUCAUUAUUUUACUCUGUUAUAACGUAUUAUUGUUAUUAUUAUAAUUAUUGUUACACUACUGAUGUUGAACUACUGUAGUGUUUUUAAACGUGUGCGUGCGACACUGGUCGUCCCUUUGACUCCGCCCCCUCCAUCGUCUUUCUACUGUGUGCCUAUCAUGAGACAUGAGAAUGGGGAAUUGUGGGAAAUAUCGUUAUAUUUUUGGUGCUAUCGUUCUGUGAUGCUUUGAAUAUGAUGCCUGUAUUUUUUUGGUGCCUUUUUUUUUAUAAUUAAAGAUUUAAAAAAAUUCAAA